CGUUAGUAGUUAGUAGGAACCUUCCUGACGGAAUUUUACAGUAUUUCCGUGUUUUGGUUUGUCUUUUAGUUUCUGCUGUGAUUGAGAAGUUGAAUUAUAACGGUUUUUAAUAUUUUUCUCUUCAGAUUUUGAAAGAUUACAUGUAUUAAGAGAUGGCAGAGCAACCGACUUUUGGAUGUGGUAGAGGAGGUCGUGGUGCACUUUUAUUAGAGGCACUUAAAAGUCAUACCCGUAGACCAGGAAUAACAUCUGAAAGCAAGGAAGCACCUGUUUCAGAACAUGAAGCUGCAGCCCAGACACAAAAAGUUACAAUUGGAAGAGGGAAACUAUUACAAAUGGCGAUGCAAAAAGCCUCAAGUAGUAAAUCAGAUGAAGACAGUUGUAGUCGUAGUCAGACUUCUCUAAAUAGUCAAAGUAUUCCCACACCAGUUGGUCGUGGCAUGCUUGGAAGAGGAGCUGCUCUAUUAAGUUUGAAACAAGAUAGUUUAAGAAACUUACCUUCUUCAUCUGCUGCUUCAAUAUCAGGAUCAUCAUCAUCAUCAUUUAGUGCAGCAAGAUUUACUCCAGCGUCUGAACUUCCUAGUGCUAGGAUUUCUUCAAAAUUUACUCCACCUGAAUCUUCAAAGUCAGAAAUUUCUUCUGUUCAAGAAUCAAUUCAAGAAUCAUCAUCUUUGAGUGCUAAAAUGUCUAAGUUAGCAUUAAAGCAGAAAAAUGCAGAAAAAGAAGGACAGUUGAUGGAAGUAGAAGUAAAUUAUGUGAAAUUGCAUGUUAUGGAAGGGAAGGGCGUGUUUGAAUACCAUGUUAAUUUUAUUCCGCAAGUUGACAGCAAAGGAAUUCGAUUUAAACUGUUAAAUGAUCCUAAAGUAAGAACUAUAAUUGGGAAAACUAAAACAUUCGAUGGUGCAAAAUUAUUUUUACCUUUUCAAUUGGAAGAGAAGGAAACAGUUAUAUCUGUAGCUUCACCUAUAGAUCAAUCAGAAAUAAUGAUUAAUAUUAAAUUUGUUGGUAAAGGCAGUUCUUCUGAUUAUAUGCAUUUAUAUAAUAUCCUCUUUCGUAAAAUUAUGUACAAACUUAAAAUGACAAACAUUGGAAGAAAUUUUUUUGAUCCAAAAGGAGGUAUUACUGUCCCACAGCAUAAAUUAGAAGUUUGGCCAGGUUAUAUAACUGCUAUACAAGAAUUUGAUGGAGGAAUCAUGUUAAAUUGUGAUGCUUCUUUUAAAGUUUUGCGUUCAGUAACUGCAUGGGAUAUUUUAACUGAACUAACUUGUACUCAUGCGAAACAAAUUCAGGAUAUGGCAGCAAAACAAUUGUUAGGAUCUAUUGUGUUAACUAGAUACAACAAUAAAACUUACAGAAUUGAUGAUAUUGAUUGGAAUCAAACACCAUUAUCUACUUUUACUAAUAGUAUGGGUCAGAACAUAACUUACAAGGAUUAUUACAAGAAAUCAUAUGACAUUGAUAUUAAAGAUAAUUCCCAACCAUUACUUAUUCACCGUCCAAAGAAAAAAAAUAUUCCUGGUGCUGCGGAUGGUACAAACCAGGAUUCAAAAUUUCUUUGUUUAAUUCCUGAAUUAUCAUAUUUGACUGGAUUAACAGAUACUAUGAGAUCUGAUUUUAAAGUUAUGAAGGAUAUAGCAUCCCACACACGCAUAACUCCCAAUCAAAGACACCUUGCAAUUAAACGAUUUGUUGAAAAUAUUAAUUCUAAUCCAGAAAUAGUUGAAGAUCUUUCUGCCUGGGGUCUUCGUUUAGAAGAUGCUGCAGUUAAGUUUAAUGGGACUUCCUUACCAUCUGAAGUUAUCUACUUUAAAGAUAAUAGGAUUGAAACUAGCAAAGAAUGUGACUGGAGUAGAAAUUUAACUCAAAAUGGUGUUAUUGUUGCUGUUGAUCUGGAAAGAUGGCUAAUUGUGUUCUGUAAACGUGAUUCCAGUAGAGCUCAUGAUUUUAUUCAGAUGUUGAGGAAAAUAUCUAAUGGUAUUGGCAUUAGAAUAAAUGACCCACAGAAAGUUGAAAUACGUGAUGACAGAACAGAAACAUACCUAAAAGCAGUUAAAGAUUGUGUUAAUCCCCAGGUACAAAUUGUAGUUAUAAUCUUUCCUACAUCAAGAGAUGAUAGGUAUAGUGCAAUUAAGAAAUUGUGCUGUGUUGAAAUGCCUGUACCAUCCCAGGUAAUUAAUUCAAGAACUAUUUCUGAUCACAAGAAACUUCGAAGUGUUACACAGAAAAUAGCAUUACAGAUGAAUUGCAAACUUGGUGGAGAAUUAUGGAGUCUUCAAAUUCCAUUUAAAAGUGUAAUGGUCUGUGGCUUUGAUAGUUACCAUGAUCAAGCUGUAGGAAGAAGAUCUGUUUUAGGGUUUGUAGCUAGUUUAAAUCAAACAGUUACCAGAUGGUUCAGCAUGGCAAAAUUUCAGCAAAAAGGACAAGAAUUAGGAGAUUAUUUAAGAAUUUGUUUGUUAUCGGCUUUACGAAAAUACUAUCAAGUAAAUCACUUUUUACCAAAUAGGAUAUUUAUUUUUCGAGAUGGUGUCAGUGAUGGACAAUUAAAUCAUGUAGCAAAAUAUGAAGUAGAACAGUUUACAACUAGCUUCAAACAUUUUCAGCAAGAUUAUAAUCCUCAAUUAACAGUAGUUGUAGUUCAGAAAAGAAUUAAUACCAGAAUAUUUCACUGUUUGAGAGGUGAUUUGAGUAAUCCUAAUCCAGGUGCUGUUGUCGAUAAUAUAGUAACAAAAAAGAACUGGUAUGACUUUUUCCUGGUUUCACAACAUGUGCGACAAGGAACUGUCAGUCCUACUCAUUAUAUAAUUGUUCACGAUACCAAUGACUUGUCACCUUAUUUGAUGCAGCGAUUAACUUAUAAAAUGACCCAUCUUUAUUACAAUUGGCCUGGUACUGUACGUGUUCCAGCACCUUGUCAAUAUGCACACAAAUUAGCAUAUUUAGUAGGCCAAAAUAUUCAUAAGGAACCAAACGUUCAUUUGACAGAUAAAUUAUUUUUCCUAUAAGUGUACAACAAUCAUUUAAAUUUUCAUCAUAGCUCAUUGUGAAAACAACUAUUUGUAUUUUACAUUGUAUAUUUUCAAACAUCAUAUAUCAUCUGAAUUUGUCUUUAAAACAGAUGGUUGUCAAAUGGAAAAAUAAAUAUAUAUAUACACAUUUUAUAAGUUUUUAUAUACAUGCUA